AUGACAGGGCUGAAGAAAAUAAGCGUGCUGGCCCUCGUGGUGGCCGUUCUGGCUUAUGUGUAUAAGACGUUCAUCCAAAAACCACUACCGCUCAAUUUCGGUGGCACAUUUCAUCCGGACUUUCAAGAAGUUGCAGAUCUAUACAAAGCCAAACUGAGAAGUGGUGUAGAAGUGGGAUCGUCCUUCGCGGCUUAUUAUAAGGGAGAACCCUUGGUGGACAUUUGGGGAGGACAUGCUGAUGUGGCCACAAGGAGACCAUGGACAAAGGACACAUUGUCUAUCAUCUUCUCCUCAAGUAAAGGCGUCACCGCUCUAUUAGUGGCAUUGUUUGUAGACAGAGGAUGGUUGGAUUACAAUAAGCCAGUUGCCCACUACUGGCCGGAGUUUGGACAGAACGGAAAAGACAACAUCACGGUAGCACUGCUAAUUAGCCAUCAGGGAGGUCUCUCUGUUACCAAUGGCACAAUACCAAUGGAGUGGAUUGUUGAGAAACCAGAAAAGGUUUGGGAAUUUCUGGAAAAACAACGGCCAAUAUGGCCACCAGGCACUGGCUAUGGAUACCACGGCAUUACAUUCGGGUUGUAUGUAGAUUCGCUUCUUACCAAGGCGGAUCCUAAGCACAGAAGGGUGGACAAAAUUUUUCAAGAGGAGAUAGGCGAUAAAUUUGGAAUCGAGCUGUACAAUGGUCUACCAAACCAUCUGUUUUACCGGGCCACGAGACACGAACCAAAUCCUCUGUACGUCACUCUCUGGAAUGUUAUUACGUAUAUGGAUCUAGAGCCAAUCAGUUUAAUAGCGACUUUGGCUCUUUCGACAAAUCCCCUUUUGACGAAAAUGGCGAGUUCUGGAACAGAUCAACUCCCAUCGGACCUUUCUUUUAACACACCUGAAUACAGUAAAAUUCCCCAGUCCUCCAUGAACGGAUAUAGCAAUGCAAGAAAUUUGGCCAAAUUGUUUGGAAUCGUCGCCAAUGGAGGAAAAACAAAGGAAGGGAUCUUACUUUCAGAAAAGGUCAUAGAACUGCUGAAACAGCCUCUAACCAGUGGAAAAAGCAUGGACGGUGUCAUAAAUAUAGAGUUUGGUUAUGGAGUAGGGAUUGGUAAAGACGAUAAGGGGAAUAUAGUGUUUGGACAUGAUGGCGCUGGAGGUCAGUCCGCUUUUGCGGAUCCUGCCCAUAAGACUGGGAUGGCUUACGUCACAUCGCGGUUGAAGAGCAUGACUAUAUCUGGUGACAAGGAGUUUCUGCAAUAUAAAGCUGCUUAUUAUCGCUGCCUAGAAAAGUUCCUACAAAAAACAACUUAGCGCUGGCUGAUACUUAGAGUUUUAUUAAAAUUAUUUACUCUUAAUGAGGAACCAGUUGAUUACGGGUUAUAUGGCCUUCCUGUCGGAGUUUCCUGUUUUCCCCUUUUCUUUUUCGUACGCUAUUUCUUUCCAUAUACACAUGUAGACUGUCCUUGCAUGGAUAUCAAACCCGAAACUUAAGCCUUUCAGGCUUUGACUAGAGUUAUUUAAACAAUGCCACAUUUGGAUCAGUUCCUUUUAUUCCAUGGCAGAAGACGUACAGCAUGUAGGAAAUUGUAUCUUGAAAUAAAAAUUGAACUUCAA